CUCAUUUCGAUUUAGCACAUACUCAGGAUCCCAAACAGCUAGUCAGCUAGCCGAAGGAGACUAGUAUUUCUCCUUCUCACAAAAUUGAGUCGACGAUAUGCUGUUUUUCAGAUUAUUAAUGCAAAUAUACUACUCUCGUGUUCUCAGUAAGACUUUGGGAUUGACUCCUUGCCUUCCAAACGCCGUGUUGUGAAGAAACACAAGCGGUAUAAAAGAGCUAAACAUACCGGCUGUGCCAGCAAAUUGUAGCUGGCUAACAGUAGCUAACUAGCUUCGCGAGUAGCUACAGCAAGUAAGGCGGCUGGCUAGGCAACCAUUACUGUAGAAGCGGCUUCAGACCGGCGGCUUUCGAGCUACCUGUGUCUGUCAGCUGCCAUAAUAGGAGGUAAAGUGUGAUUGGUGGCCUAUGAGGAAGCCACGUCGAAAAGGCCAGGUGGCCGCAGGAGGUGGAGCUGAUGUCAAGAAGUCCAAUGGGGCAGUUGGCAGGCGUGGGGGUGCCCGCCAGCGAUCGCCAUCCCCUUACAGCCUCAAAGCAUCUCCAAGCAGAGAAACACUGUCUUACUCCCAGGCCCAGAAGGUGGUAGAGGUGGAACUGGAUGGUAGGCUUCACCGCAUCUCUAUUCUGGAGCCCUUGGAGGUCAUUACUGAAGAUGAGAUGAUGGCUCAGGACAUUAGUGAGUGUAACAGUAACAAGGAGAACAGUGAGCAGUCAUCAUCUCCCACCAGCAGUGCCCAAACAGUCCGCAAACCUGUCUCACUCAGAGGCCGCAGGAAAGACUCCAAAUGUCCUCCUGUCAAGUCGCCACGACCUUCCAAGAACCACUGCCCCAAUUCUCAUCUCCAAACACCUGAAAAGUUGAACACAUCACACCAUCAGCACAUGACCCUCCCUGAACCUAAGUUUCAUGUGCUAGAAACCUUCACGCCGGUCGAGGCACCUCCUCUGCCUACAGCAUAUUACCGUUACAUUGAACGCUUAGCCGAGGAGGAGGAAGCUGAGGCAGAAUAUGACUUGGACGAAGAGGACACUGCUUGGCUGGAGAUGGUCAAUGCUGGCCGGACGUCAGAGGGUAUUUCAGCUGUCACACCAGACACCUUUGAGCUGCUGGUUGACCGGCUGGAGGAGGAGGCAUACCGGGAAGCCCGCAGCCGGACGCCCUCUCAAGGUGCUAUUGACGACGAUGCCUUCUGCUGCGUGUGCCUGGAUGAUGAGUGCCUUAACAGCAAUGUCAUCCUCUUCUGUGACUCCUGCAACCUGGCUGUUCACCAGGAGUGUUACGGUGUGCCCUACAUCCCCGAGGGCCAGUGGCUGUGCCGCUGCUGCCUCCAGUCCGCUCAGAAACCUGUUGACUGUGUUCUAUGUCCGAACCGUGGCGGCGCCUUCAAGCAAACGAGUGACGGCCGCUGGGCGCAUGUGGUGUGUGCCAUCUGGAUCCCUGAAGUCUGCUUUGCCAACACAGUAUUUCUGGAACCAGUGGAAGGUGUCAAUAACAUCCCCCCAGCUCGCUGGAAACUGACCUGCUACCUGUGCAAGCAGAAGGGCCGUGGUGCAUCAAUUCAGUGCCACAAGGCCAACUGUUACACUGCGUUUCACGUCACAUGUGCUCAGCGUGCUGGCUUGUUUAUGAAGAUUGAUCCUGUGCGAGAGACAAAUGUUAACGGGACCACGUUCUCUGUUAAGAAGACGGCAUUCUGUGAGGCCCAUUCGCCACCAGGACAGGAGGCCGUCUCAGAUGAGGAGAGUGAAGGAAGAGUGGUAGGCAGCAGAGGUAGGGCUAGUAGGGGACGGAGUGCAUACACAGAGGGCCCUAAAACACCGAAAAAAGGCAGGAAGUCUGAAGAUGAUGCCAAGAUGGAUAAAAAGAAAGGAAAGAAGAGCACAGAGUCAACAGCACAAAACACUGCUUCACCACAAGUGACCGUGCCACAGAUACCCACAAGCAGGCUGAAUAUCAUCUGUAAAGGAAUCCUCUUUCAGAGGAAAAACCAAUUCAUACAUAGGCUGCAUAACUACUGGUUACUGAAGCGUCAGUCGAGGAACGGUGUGCCGCUGGUCCGGCAUCUGCACUCUAACUUCCAAUCCCAAAGGAAUACUGAAGAGCUCAGGCCUGAGGUGGAUGAGAAGGUUUCUGCUGCAAGAGAAGCACUGAGAUAUUGGCAAAAGCUGCGGCAUGAUCUUGAAAAAGCCAGGCUGUUGGUGGAGCUCAUCCGCAAGAGGGAGAAACUUAAACGAGAACAGGUCAAAGUUCACCAGGAAGCUCUGGAGAUGCAGUUGACCCCUAUGUUGAUGCUGCUCCGCUCCACUCUGGACCAACUACAGGAGAAGGACACAGCCCAGAUCUUUGCACAACCAGUCAAUAUCAAGGAGGUCCCAGACUACCUGGAGUUCAUCAGCCAGCCCAUGGACUUCUCCACUAUGCGCUCUAAGCUAGAGAAUCAUGCCUACCGCUCAGUGACCGACCUGGAGACGGACUUCAACCUGAUGGUGUCCAACUGCCUCCUCUACAACAGCAAGGACACAGUCUUCCACCGAGUAGCGCUGCGUCUUAGAGACUUAGGAGGAGCCAUACUGCGCCAUGCCCAACGCCAAGCCACCAACACUGGCCUGGACCUGAACACUGGCAUGCACCUCUCAGAUUCACUGCAGAAACGAGACUUUUACAGCUGCACCUGGGAGGAUGUUGACAGCAUUCUGGAUCCAGACAACCGGCUUCAUAUGACAGUGGAGGAACAGCUGAAGGAGCUGUUAGAAAAGCUGGACUUUGUCACCUCAAUGAGAUGCAGUGGCGCCCGAACUCGACGCAUCCGCCUACUUCGUCGCGAGAUAAACAACAUCCGCUACAGGCAGGGCCAACACCCCCGCCACAGCCUUCACAAUGGACAUUUGAAGGAAGACGAUGAGGACGAAGAUGACGAGGAAAAUGAUGACAAAGACGCCAAGCCAGAUACCAGCCUUUUGUCUUUGGACAAAGAAGACCUCAAAUCCACUUCGCCCCCGACACUGGAACCUACAGGGCCGGCUCCUCCUCCACGACUUGGGGGCGCACCUCUGGAGCCUCCCACCCUGCGACCAAUCACAGGGGAGCCUCAGUCCGCCAGCUGGCCCUGCAAACGCCUAAAGAUGGACGGUGACCUCUCAGACAGCACCACAGAGAAUAUGAAUUGCACUAAAGCACAGGAGCGGCUUGCGCCUCCCAUUUUGCACAGUGAAGGACAGGCGGUGGCCAACGGCUUACCAGAGCUCAGCACCCCCCCACGGCACACCACUGGGGGAGUUGGACGACGAACCUCUGUAUUGUUCAAAAAGGCAAAAAAUGGAGCCAAGUUGUUCAGAGAGAGAGACAAUCCUUUGCUGAACGGAAAAGGGCAGCAGGACAACAAUACAAGCAACGCCCUAACAGCACCCAACUCCACAGCCAGUACCCCAUCCACCACACCUUUGUCCACUCCAUCCAAGACCCCACAGAAAAGCCCCGGACCCCCCAUCCUCAAUGAACAAUGGACCCCCAGUCGAGACAUGUGCUCAGAUAGUGAACUGGAGAAGACACCAAACCAUACACUGGAAAGUGGGCUGACCAAUGGCUUCAACAAGCACAAAGACGGCGGAUCAGACUCUGAGUACAGCCCUUGUCCAGUCCUGCACAAAGAAAUCAGCUCACCACCUAAGCGAAGCCUCGGGAAACCAGCUCUUUCCAAAGUUCCCUUUCUGGAGAUAGUCAACGGAGACUCAGAUUACACUGGCAUCAGCAGCCAAAUGUCUGAGGAUGGGACGGAGCUGGAGCCUCUAGAUCUGGUGUGGGCCAAGUGUCGGGGAUAUCCCUCCUAUCCUGCGCUGAUCAUCGACCCAGAGAUGCCUGAGGAGGGCCUGCUGCACAACGGGGUGCCCAUCCCUGUCCCACCCAAAGAGGUCCUCUGUCUGGGGGAGCAGAGGCAGGAGGAGACCAACGAGAGGCUCUACCUUGUGCUCUUCUUUGACAACAAGCGAACAUGGCAGUGGCUCCCACGUGAUAAGCUGACACCGUUGGGUGUAGAAGACACAGCGGACAAGCUGCGCAUAAUGGAGGGCCGCAAGUCCAGCAUCCGCAAGUCCGUCCAGGUGGCGUACGACCGCGCCAUGAUGCACCAGAGCCGAGUCAGCCACAGCCAUGGCUUUGUGACCUCCAACUACCUGUAGAGGGCAACAGUGAGCCCUGUGUGCACCCACAGACAGCCACUAUGCAUCUCUCUUUGGUCUUAAGGCAGCAGGUUGGUCCUACUGCUAGUUGAAUUUGUAUUCACACUGUGGUCUGAAGAGGUUGUUGCUCAGCACAGUGUCCUGGACUGUAGUCCUUUACCAAACCACUAAACCACUAGUGUCUGACACACUGAGCAGUGGUGUUUGCCUUUGUGUCGUCGUGGAUGUGGAGCUCCAGAUGUGAAUGAAGUUACCUUUUGGUCCCCCGUUGGCUGUGGUCGGUAAGCGUUAAAUCUCCGUUCAGGGGUGCAUAGAGGCAUCUGCUUACUCCACCUGGAUGUGUUGAAGCUGAGUGUCUGGAUCCAAUUCAAAAUAAUUUCCCUCUAUUUUGUAUAAUGCUACUGCCAAGGAAUCAAAUUGUCAGAAAAGAGAUUUGACAUGUUUAUAUGAAACACAGAAGACGUAUGAAUGGAUCACUGCUAUCUUUUAUACAAUAGCUUUUUACAUUUUAAUCUUUUACAAAGACAAUUGUAUAUUAUAAAGGCACACUUUGUGUACAUAUGUGUGUAUUAUUAAACCCAAUUUAAUUUAAUGUUGCUGUUUUAAAAUGCGUAUUUCAAUCAACCCAUAAGGGGCAAAGCGACGUGUAUAAUUUUAGAGAUGAAAUAAUUCCUGAUUUGCUGCAGUGUACUUGGCUUGUCUUUGAUGUAAUGUGUGUGUGUGUGUGUGUGUGUGUGUGUGUGUGUGUGUGUGUGUGUGUGUGUGUGUGUGUGUGUGUGUGUGUGUGUGUGUGUGUGUGUGUGUGUGUGUGUGUGUGUGUGUGUGUGUGUGUGUGUGUGUGUGUGUGUGUGUGUGUGUGUGUGUGUGUGUGUGCGCGCAUUCAGAGCAUACAACACAAUGAGCCACUGUUCUUUGUAUUUAAAUUCUCUUUUUGAUACAAAGAGAAAUAUUUUAUUUAUGGAAGACCGAACUAUAGAAAUAAAGUUAUAUUGGUUAAAGUUGAGAAUUAAAUCUUAUUUAAAACAAAUGGAGUGAGUUUUUAAAAACAUGCAGCCAACAUUUUAACAGCUGAUUUUGAUGUUGAUUUUACUCAAGACCAACCGCCAUUAUUCACUGCUGACCCCCCCAGAAGAUUCUAUUUAUUGUCGAGAGCCCCAUUUUAUCAAUGGAAAAAUACACCUUUAUAGACUUGUACUACCUGCAUAUUUUACCUGCUCACCAAGUAUUUUGUCUGAAUCAGUAUUUCCACAUUGUGGGAAAUAAAUGCUCUAUUAAAAAUAUUUUUGGGAUACUUAACUGCA